AUCAAUUUGAAAAAAAUGGCUUCUAAUGAAACAACAGAAGGCCAAGUUCCUAUAGAAGAAAGUGAUCAGUUGAUUAUAAAACCUUUAGGUUCUGGUCAAGAAGUAGGUCGAUCAUGUCACAUACUGGAAUUCAAAGGAAAGAAAAUUAUGUUGGACUGUGGUAUUCACCCAGGACUACAUGGAGUUGCCUCCCUUCCAUACCUAGAUUGUGUAGAUGUUGAAGACAUAGACUUAUUGCUGAUCAGUCACUUUCAUUUAGAUCAUUGUGGAGCAUUGCCAUAUUUCCUAGAGAAAACAGCAUUCAAAGGAAGAUGUUUCAUGACCCAUGCUUCAAAAGCUAUUUAUAGAUGGCUGUUGUCAGAUUACGUCAAAGUCAGUAAUAUAUCCACAGAAUAUCAGCUAUAUGCAGAUAGUGAUAUAGAGAAAAGUAUGGACAAAAUUGAGACUUUGAAUUUUCAUCAGGAAGUAGAGGUUAAUGGAAUUAAAUUUUGGUGCUACACAGCAGGACAUGUUCUUGGAGCUGCCAUGUUUAUGAUAGAAAUAGCUGGUGUCAAGGUUUUAUACACAGGUGAUUUCUCCAGACAAGAAGACAGACAUUUAAUGCAAGCAGAAAUACCAAAUGUUCACCCAGAUAUAUUGAUUGUUGAAGCUACAUAUGGCACACACAUUCAUGAGAAGAGGGAAGACAGGGAAGCAAGAUUUACUGGACUGGUCCAUGAUAUAGUCAGUAGGGGUGGAAGGUGUCUCAUUCCAGUAUUUGCACUUGGAAGAGCUCAGGAACUUUUACUGAUUCUAGAUGAAUACUGGAGUAAUCACCCUGAAUUACAUGAUAUUCCUAUAUACUAUGCUUCAUCCCUGGCUAAGAAAUGUAUGACAGUCUAUCAGACUUAUAUCAAUGCCAUGAACGAUAAAAUCAAACGACAGAUCAGCAUCAGCAACCCAUUUGUCUUCAAACAUAUAUCUAAUUUAAAGAGCAUGGAACAUUUUGAAGAUAUUGGACCUUCAGUUGUACUGGCUAGCCCAGGUAUGAUGCAGAGUGGACUUUCCAGGGAACUGUUUGAGAAUUGGUGUACAGAUAAAAGAAAUGGCUGUAUAAUUGCUGGUUAUUGCGUAGAGGGUACAUUAGCAAAGCACAUCUUAUCAGAACCAGAGGAUAUUGUAACUAUGGCUGGUGCCAGGCUACCCUUGAAAUGUUCUGUAGAUUAUAUCUCAUUCUCAGCUCAUACAGAUUAUCAACAGACUAGUGAAUUCAUCAGAAUACUCAAACCAACACAUAUAGUUCUUGUCCAUGGAGAACAGAAUGAAAUGUCCAGAUUAAAGGCAGCUUUAGUUAGAGAGUAUGAAGAUGACACUGAAUAUCAACCAUUUGUACAUAAUCCUCGUAAUACAGUGUCUGUAGAAUUAAACUUUAGAGGAGAAAAAAUGGCGAAGGUUGUAGGUAAAUUGGCAGCAGACCGUACAAAUGUACAGAAUAAGAAAAUAUCUGGUAUCUUAUUAAAGAGGAACUUCAACUAUCAUAUAUUGGAUCCAUCAGAUUUGUCUAAUUAUACUGAUCUAGCCAUGAGUACUGUGACACAAAGAAUCAGUAUAGGUUUUACUGGUACCCUACCUCUAUUACGUUAUUACCUGAAGCAGUUAUCUGGUGAUGUAGAGCAGUUUGAAGUCUCUGGUAAACCAGCUCUAAAAGUCUUCAAAUGUAUAACAGUUGUUAUUGAAGCAAGAAUGGCUGUGAUAGAAUGGAUGGCUAAUCCAGUAGCAGAUAUGUAUGCAGAUGCUGUAAUGACAGUUGUACUCAGAGCAGAAUCAGAUCCUAUGCCACAAAGAAAUGUACCACCAGCUUUGUUGGUAGAUAAAAGUCAUGUACAGGAAUGUUUACUAGAAAUGUUAAAUGAUAUGUUUGGUUCUAAUUCCAUCAGUAAGCUCAUCAGGAACGAUAGAAUGACAGUUACAGUAGAUGAUAAGACAGCUGUAAUUAAUGUAGACACAUUGGAUGUGGCCUGUGAGGAUGAGACAUUACAACAAGUUUUACAAACAGCUGUAUCCAAACUAUUUUUAGCUCUGUCGCCACUCAAAGCCAAUACACAGUAUCUGUGACAGUGGCAAAUGUCAAGGACAUAAUUAUAUGGGAAUUAAGGUCAUAGAAUAAAGAAUCAUGGAAAAAUGUUAACCUCAGAAAUAUAGGAUUUUAGUCUUGGAACUAAGCUAUUUUGAUCAUGAGAGUAAAAUGCAGCAAGGCUGUAGCCAACUUAGUCUCUUAAGAAACUGUUGAGUUAACCGUGUUUCUUCCAUCAGAAAACGCAUUGAAAUAUGAAUUUGUAAAAAGUAUCAAAAAGGCACCAUUCAAGUUGCAGCUAUUUUUUUGUUAAUGAUUUGUAUCAUUGUUGUAUAAUGUACUUUGUUAUAAAAUAAAGAUCUGCAAAAUUGUUA